AUGAGGUUUUUUCUGCUUCUUUUGGUGUGUCUUUGUUUUGUUCACUCAUUUGGCCAGCUUCCUUCCCAAGAUAUAUUAGCACUUCUAGAGUUCAAGAAAGGAAUUAAACACGACCCGACUGGUUAUGUUCUUAAUUCAUGGAAUGACGAGUCAAUCGAUUUCAAUGGGUGCCCUUCUUCUUGGAAUGGGAUUAUGUGUAAUGGUGGUAAUGUUGCGGCUGUUGUUCUGGAUAACUUAGGAUUAUCCGCAGAUAAUGCAGAUUUGAGCGUGUUCUCAAAUCUCACUAUGCUCGUGAAGCUUUCAAUUGCGAAUAAUUCGAUUUCUGGCCAGCUGCCUCGCAAUCUCGGCGAAUUUAAGAGCCUCGAGUAUUUUGAUAUUUCCAAUAAUCUGUUUUAUUCGUCCUUGCCAGCUGAGAUUGGUAAAAUGCCCGGUUUGAAAAACCUCUCGUUGGCUGGAAAUAAUUUUUCGGGUUCAAUCCCGGAUGAAAUUUCUGGACUUGCUUCAAUUCGAUCUUUGGACAUGAGUCGAAAUUCCCUUUCUGGCCCUUUGCCAUUAUCCUUGACGAAGUUAGUGAACUUGGUUUAUCUUAAUUUAUCUCUAAACGGGUUUAAUAGAAGUGUGCUUAAAGGGUUUGAGCUGAUGACUCAACUCGAUGUGCUUGAUCUGCAUGGAAAUAAGUUAGACGGUGAACUCGAUCCGGAAUUUUUUCUACUUACUUCGGCAGGUCAUAUUGAUUUUAGUGGGAAUUUUUUCGUGAGUUCAUCUUCUGACAAACGGCACUCGUUUUUGGUGGGUUUAUCUCCAUCUGUGAAGCACUUGAAUCUUAGCCAUAACCGAUUAACGGGUUCUCUUGUGGGUGGUGGCGAGGCUCAGGAGUUUGGGAGCUUGAAAGUUUUGGAUUUGAGCUACAAUCAACUUUCGGGGGAUUUGCCCAGUUUCAGUUUUGUGUUGAGGCUCGGUAAUAACAGGUUUUCUGGCUCUGUACCAAACAAUCUUUUGAAAGGAGAUUCGCUGAUGCUAACUGAGCUCGAUUUAAGGCCAAUUAGCAUAAUAACGUCCACAACACUACACACCCUUAAUCUCUCAUCCAACAUGCUUUCGGGUGAAGUCCCGCUAUUGACUGGAAGCUGUGCCGUAAUCGAUCUUUCAAAAAACCAAUUCGGAGGAAAUUUAACGAGGCUGCUAAAAUGGGAAAAUGUGGAGUUCAUCGAUCUAAGUCAGAACCAUAUGGCGGGCCCCAUCCCCGAAGCAACUUCUCAAAUAUUCUUGCGUUUGAAUUACCUCAACCUCUCUCGUAAUUCCCUCAACGGCUCUCUUCCGAAAGUCACGACGCUUUUUCCAAAACUAACGACGCUCGAUCUCAGCUUCAACCAGUUGGAUGGACCGAUUUCGAGCGCCCUUUUGACUUCAUCCACUCUAAACGAACUUCACUUACAGAACAAUUUACUCUCUGGAAGCAUAGAUUUUUCGCCUCUUUCCAAUGACUCGAAUCUUCACGUUCUUGAUCUUUCGAACAAUCAGUUUAACAGCGAACUUCCCGAUGGGCUCGGAUCGUUUAUCGAACUUCGUGUGCUAAAUAUAAGUGGUAACAAAUUCUUCGGUUCUUUACCUACUUCGAUUGGUAACAACAUCACUACUUUAUAUUCACUCGACAUUUGCCGAAACAAUUUUACCGGCCAACUGCCGGUUAAUUUGCCCAACAGCCUUCAGAGCUUCAACGCGUCAUAUAAUGAUUUUUCCGGUGUUGUCCCUGAAAAUCUAAGAAAAUUCCCUCUUUCGUCUUUCUACCCUGGAAAUUCUCACCUGCAAUUCCCAAAUCCUCCUCCCGGUUCUAGCCGUGGCACGACAAGUAAUUCAAGAAAGCACUUGCAGACUAUUAUAAAAGUGGUGAUAAUAAUAGUUUCUUGUUUGGCUGCUUUGAUCAUUUUGAUCCUUCUCGCCAUUUUUUUCAUUCGUUACAAGAAGAUAUCGAGACAACAAAAGCCUUUACCGCAAACGAACAAGAAUGUCACUCGACAGGCUUCGGCAAAUCCUUCUACCUUGGCCGGACAAGGCGAUGACAUCAUCAUGACAUCGAGAAAAGGAAAAUCGUCUGAGACAAUAAUCAGCCCGGAAGAGAAAAUGGGGGCAAUAACCGGGUUUUCCCCGUCAAAGAAAAGCCACUUCUCGUGGUCACCGGAAUCCGGCGACUCGUUUACAGUGGAGAGCCUCUCGAGGUCGGAUGUGAGGUCGCCGGAAUCCGGCGACCGGCUCGCCGGAGAACUAUACUUUCUUGAUGACACGGUUUCGUUCACGGCCGAGGAACUUUCGAGGGCUCCGGCAGAAGUGCUCGGAAGGAGCAGUCACGGGACUUCUUAUAAAGCGACUCUUGAAAACGGCGUUUUUUUGACUGUGAAGUGGUUGAGGGAAGGUGUUGCAAAGCAGAGAAAAGAAUUCGCGAAGGAAGCUAAGAAGUUCUCAAAUAUCAGACAUCCGAAUGUGGUGGGAUUGAGAGGGUACUAUUGGGGGCCCACACAGCACGAGAAGCUGAUUCUUUCGGAUUACAUUUCUCCGGGAAGUCUCGCGAGUUUUCUCUAUGGCCCGCCCUUGACUUGGGCCCAACGUCUCAAAAUCGCAGUCGACAUUGCACGUGGCCUCAACUAUCUCCAUUUCGACCGAGCCAUUCCUCACGGCAACCUCAAGUCCACCAAUAUCCUUCUCGAUGGGCCCGACUUAAACGCCCGCGUGGCGGAUUAUUGCCUCCACCGACUAAUGACCCAAUUAGGGACCAUCGAGCAAAUUCUCGAUGCUGGAGUUCUUGGCUAUCGGGCUCCCGAGCUUGUCUCAUCCAAGAAGCCACAGCCCUCUUUCAAGUCUGAUGUGUAUGCAUUUGGCGUGAUUUUGCUCGAGCUACUCACCGGAAAAUGUGCUGGCGAUGUGGUUUCGGGCUCGGAAGGAGGAGUUGGGCUUACUGAUUGGGUUAGGCUGCGGGUGGCCGAGGCCCGUGGUUCGGAAUGCUUUGAUACUGCAUUGGGCCAUGAGAUGAGUGUGCCUUUGGUGGAUAAAGGGAUGAAGGAAGUGCUCGGGAUUGCGCUUCGAUGUGUUCGUUCGAGGGUCGGAUUCAUAGGACUGGGAAAUAUGGGAUCCCGCAUGGCAAAUAACUUGAUUAAAGCGGGAUACAAUGUUGUGGUUCAUGAUGUAAACCAUGAUGUUAUGGCCAAAUUCUCUGAGAAAGGCAUUCUUACAAAGAAUUCACCUCUUGAAGUUGCUGAAGCAAGUGAUGCUGUAAUUACUAUGUUGCCAUCUUCCAAUCAUGUGACAGAUGUUUACAUGGGGCCUAAGGGUAUGCUUAAUGGCGAGGAUCUUAGAUCGUUUUUGUUCAUAGAUUCUUCUACUAUUGAUCCUCAAACAUCGCGAAAAGUUUCGGCAGCUGUAUCUAAUACAAAGGAAGGUGGAGGAAAUUGCCGUUUUAUGUUGGAUGCUCCUGUAUCCGGAGGUGUUCUAUCAGCUGAAAGUGGAUCACUCACUUUUAUGGUUGGCGGCUCAGAGGAAGCCUAUAGGCUUGCAAAACCUUUGUUUCUCUCGAUGGGCAAAAACGUCAUUUACUGUGGUGGUCCCGGAAAUGGCUCGACAGCUAAGAUUUGCAAUAAUUUGGCUAUGGCCGUGAGUAUGCUUGGGGUCUCGGAAGCCUUUGCACUCGGGCAGUCUUUGGGCAUUACAGCCACGACUUUAACCAAGAUAUUCAACUCGUCAAGUGCUCGAUGUUGGAGCAGGGAUUAUAACGGCGGCUUUGCCACCAAACUAAUGGCUAAAGAUCUGAACCUUGCAACGGCAUCAGCUAAAGGUGUCGGCGCCAAAACCCCAAUGACCUUUUUAGCCGACGAGAUAUUUUCUGAACUUUGCAAUGAAGGUCUCGGAGCAAAGGACUUCUCGUGCGUUUUCCGGCAUUAUUUUUCAGGCAAGGAUGAACUGUAAUUUCUUCUCACCGUUCGACAGCUUGAUAGGAAAUUCGUGGAACAUCCGUAUCAAAUUUGGAUCGAAUGAAAUCUUAAUUUUUCGACCAAAUUGAAUAAAGGCUGAAGCAUGGGAUUUAAAGAAUAUAGAAGGAUAUAAAAUCAUACAUUAAUAAAUCAUGACUAUGAACAUUGUCUUGUUCUGAUUAAACAAUGUCUUGAGUUGAUUUAUACAUAUCUUCUUCUCAACUAUAGAGGAUUUGAUAUUUAAUUAUAAGAAAAUUUUGGACAAUAUCUUCUUAAUUGAAUAAUGUCACUGAGUAUAUAGUUCAACAAUUUCAGAAUUGAACUAUAUUAGACAAGCUGAUUCCAUUCGUGAUUUGAAAUAGGAGAUGAUGCUGAUAUUGUUUGUGUGCAAAUUAUAUUGUUUGCAAUUGGGUUCGAUUCGUGAUUCGAAAUGGGAGUUCUGUCGAAUAUUUUGAUAAUCAAAUUACUGGAGUACAUCUUAAUAAUGAUAAUUGAAGGGUGAACUAAAUGUUGCGAAAACAACUACACAAGAUUGAGAUCACAAUUUAAUGGAAGAAUUAGAACAAUAUAAAUUGCAAAUCUUAAUACAUUAUAGACUUAUAGUAUCUAUUAUUAUUACGAGUUAUUUGUCAAUUUUGGUGCAGUUUAUAAAAACAUAAUCUGAUUUUUUUCCCAAAAGUUAUUUUUAAAAUAAU